UCCCGCUGUUCCUUCCCACGUAAAACAACUUAACAACAAAAUAUAAAUAGAGGAAGAUCCGGAAAAAGGCUGUUUUUCACACAAACCAGUUCCAAUGCAGUUUUAACCGGGUCGCCUUUGUAUGAAUGUGUUUCGGUGAUCGACUCUCUUAACCGAAGUAAACUGUCGUUGUCAGCAAAUGCAUACUUCAAGGACGUGAAUAAUAGACUAUAUUUUGUGUGUGAAACAAGUCAAUCAUGGAAAGCGAUGAUACAGAGUCGUUCAGUGACUAUCACACGUGUGUCAACUGCAGUCUGAGGCUAUUCGGGUAUGGAUCGUUGUUAUGGAAACCUGACUUUGAGUAUUCCGACAGUCGGAUUGGUUUUAUCAGUGGCUACAAGCGGAGAUUUUGGCAGGGAAGUGACGUACACAGGGGCACGGACACACAGAAAGGGAGAGUUGCUACUUUAGUGCCAUCAAAAACAGGUAAAGUUUGGGGCAUGAUGUUCGAAGUCAAUGGAGCGGAACAGAAACGAAAAGCUUACGGCGGCCUCACGCAACGCGAAGUGACACUAGGCGGAUAUGACGUCGUAAAGACGUCAUUUUACCCGCGAGACGGUUCAAGGCCCGUGGAGGUUGAGGUUUUCGUUGCUACUCGGAAAAACCGGCUGUUUCUUGGCAAAGCCAGCCUCAAAGUCAUGGCGAUGCAGAUCAUGUCGGCCGCUGGUUGUGCCGGCUCGAACGCCGAAUAUAUCAUUAAAACCGCGGAGUUUCUACGGGCGAAUAUACCCGAGGAAACCGAUAGGCACUUGUUUGAUCUCUGUAAGCGAAUCUGUGAUCUCUCAAACGAUAUUAAAUGUUUGCAAAUGGACGAAGGAUGCACUGAAAUGGACCAACUGGAUGAAGAGAGUGAUCUAGAAGACAGCUAGUUUGUAAUGACGUGAUUAUUGUGACGAUUUGUAGGUUCAUUAGGCCUACGUCUGUAUGUCUAAUGCAAUUAUCAUCUAUGUAUUGUAUGCAAUUUUAACAUUUGUUGACAUUUAUCGCGCAUCUCUUUACUAGGUUUUAGCAGAGCCAUGAAUUAAUGCACAUCAAAGAACAUUGAUUGAUAAUGUUAAUUUAUUGCAAUCUCAUUUGGAAAAUGUAUUGCUGAUUUGCUGUGACAUUCACUUUAAGUGUGUGUAUUGAACUAUGUUAAACAGUAACAGCCAAACAAACAUGACUGAAUAACUAGUCAGUCACUUAAUAAUAAAUAAUAAUAUUCUUGUUACCAUUCUUAGUUCUUUUGACUAAGAAUGUAUUUGCCAUGACAGUCAUUACUGAAAUAAUGUGUACCUUUAAAUCUAGUUAGUACAACCUACAUUAGAUAUAAAGAUCAGCAUUUGGGCUUGUGUGUGGUUCUAGUGUGUUCAUUUGUUGUUUUUUAGCUUUCUACAAACCACACUGCCAAAUUUGCAUCACAUGUAUGUAUUCAAAGGAUCUUUAUAUAUUCUGAUUGUGGAAAAACAAGUUUUGUUUGGUUACUGUAUGGUUUACUAACUAUUACUUAUUUAAUGUCAUAUUGAAAUUGAUUAUAUAUAAAUAACAUAUAUCAAACAUGUUCAUGUUUAGUUCUCAUACUGGUACUAGGUGAUAUUUAUUAACAUUGUAGUAUACAAUCUAUAUGUAUUAUUUGAACAUGACAUCUAUCUCAUUUUUAAAGUCAGAUAUAUAUUAUGAAUGUACUGUUAUUUUGUAUUUAUUGAUGUUAUACACAUCGUUAUAAUUAUGCUGUAUACAUGUAUAUUAACUAGUCAUGUGCAACUGUACCAUAUAUUUGGUGAUGGGGACAGUCAAAUAUGUAUGACUAGUUUUGUGUUUAACACAAUUACCAAAUCAAAAUAAUGGCUAACAUUUAUUGUUGGUUGUGAAAAGCAUGUGAAGAUGUUUCCAAUACAAAAUAUUUGUUCAAAUUCAUUAUAUAUUAUGAAAAGUAGGCAUUUACUUUUAUUCACAAAUAUUUACAUGUAAUUGGUGUGUUUUUAAAUCGACAUGCAUACAUUGCAGAUGCAUCAUUCAGUUUUAGGACGUCUUUUGCAAAUCAUUAUACACUGUUGCAUUGUUGGAAAACAGUAAAACCUUGCAAUUUAGUGUCAGUAAAACCUUGCAAUUUAGUGUCAGUAAAACCUUGCAAUUUAGUGUCAGUAAAACCUUGCAAUUUAG